GACGUCAGUUUAAACAUGGCGGCGCUCCAUGCCGUGGACGGAGUGGAUGGAGCGAGCGUUGAAAAAGAGCUGAUUUUGACCGAUUCAGACUCCGGGGAUGUAAAGAGACCUCAGUUUGGGACCCGAUAUCUCACAGAUCCGCGGCAGGUCUUCCAACAUAACGCAUGGUUGGUAACACAAAUCUACCCCGGAACACCGGCACAUAGGUGUUGGCGUGACAGCAAGACCCACCGGCUCCUGACUGGACCAACUCAAGUUCAUGUCUUGACAGCUAGAUUGGACUUUUUUCUGUAUGAAUUAGUUGUGUCAAACAGUUCCAAAAAGUACAAACAAACACUAAGUAAAUGUAAUGACAUGUAACUCACUGUUUUGGGUGUGUUGCAUUUAGAAAUCUGUUUGCUUUUUGGUAAAUAUGUUAGCCAGUUAUAAAAAGAAACUACUCAAUUAAACACAUUAAUGAAAUUCUCUUCUGACACUGCAAUUCAUUAACGACUCAUUUUCUGUUGCCAGACACUGUGUUGUAAGCUGCUUAUAAAACAUUUAGGCACCUCAGAUUUUUGUGAGUUCUUCUGGUAAUGGCUCAUUUAUUCAGGUCGCCCACUGUGUGUACCAUUUUAGGCUUAAUUCAGUGAGGUCCUUUUCCCCGAACCUUUUGAUUUCAGAACUAAAAUCUAUUAGUAUUCAAUGAUUGUUAUGUGUUUCUUGGUUGUUAUUCAACAGGGAUAAUGUGGAGUGGACUGAGGAGCAAGAACAAUCUGCGAAGAAGAAGGUUUUAGAGAACAGUCAGCCUCUACCUUCUGAGAAACAAGGUAGUAUUGCUAAACCUCUGACUCAUACAAAUAAUACAAUAUGACAUUCAUCAAGGAUCAGAGGAAAAACAUACAUCUUUAUCACAUCAGGAUAUAGUUGCAUAGGCUUAUCCUUUCUCAUAAAGAUGUAUUGACCAUUCUGUGUUUAUUUGUAAUUAAAGCAAGAUGUAUUAGAAUCUUAACUGUCUCACCUUACUUUGCAGAGGAAUAUGAUGUCCGGGCGAAUGAGUACUGGAAUGAUUUUUACACAAUCCAUGAGAAUCGUUUCUUCAAAGACCGUCACUGGCUCUUUACAGAGUUUCCAGAGUUGGCCCCACAGUGUAGCCUAAAUCGUGAGACCUAUCCAGAGGUCUGCAACACAGGGGACAACCAGCAAGACAGUCUGGAUCAAGACCAAAUGCCAGAAGUUGCAUCUUUGUCUCUUACUGAUGAUGACUUUCCUGGCUCUUCUGCCACAUAUUGUAUUCUGGAGGUGAGAGAAUACUUGAAAGAAAGUUAACUUAACUAUAUAGUAACAAUAAUCAAGAAGCAAAAUAUAUGCAGUUAUAUUUAUCUCUGCAAAGGAGGCUUCUGUAGUUUUGUUGUCAUUUGGUAAGUUUUUCACAAACAAAUCUUUUCUAAAGAAACAAUUUCAAACAAUUCAUCUGAAACACUUGCCUCAUAUGCUAUUUUAAUGCUUUAGUACUCACAGAUGCAAAUAAAGCAUUUCUAGUAAAAUAAGAAUAAGUGAUCCCACUGACAAUAACUUUUUUUGCUGUCACCAAAGUACUAUUCUCUAAUCCAUUUAUUGCCAUCUAAGCUCACUGAUAAAGUAUGGGAUGCCUGAUUCUCAUAUAACUUGAUGUAUUAUCAUUUUUAAAACUAAAGAUUUUCAUGGAUCUGUUGUAUGUCUCUACAUGUUGGUGUCAGUUAUCUUUUAGCUUUUAUUAACUUUGCAUCUAUAUGUUGUUGUUUGACAUUGAGAACAAAAUUUUGCUAAAUAAAGGCAUGAUAGAUAUAUUUUCUGAACAGGUUGGCUGUGGUGUCGGAAAUACGGUUUUUCCAAUUCUAAAGACCAACAAGUGAGUGGACAUAAGACAUUAACAUGUUUCCAAAGCAUGAUUACAAGUACUCAUCCCUCUGAUGCAAACUUAUGAUGAGCUAUCAAAGGUUAAACUUCAGCUUUUCUAAUUGCAGUGAUCCGGGUCUCUUUGUUUACUGCUGUGAUUUCUCCAGUACUGCUGUGGAGUUAGUCAAGGUGAGAUGUUGGUGAUGAUAAAACGAUGAUGUAUUUAUCUAAGUAUUCAUCACUAAGGUUGUUGGCUAACAGACGACUAAUCAUGGCCUUCUUGUCAUCAGACUAAUCCAGACUAUGACCCUGGACGCUGCUUUGCCUUUGUCCAUGACUUGAGUGAUGUGGAAGCUAACUACCCAGUACCUGAUGGAACCCUGGAUGUUAUUGUGCUAAUCUUUGUGUUGUCAGCGUUACACCCCGACAAGUAAGAGUUUCUCCUUUUGCUCUGUUUACUUGUCAUUCAGUGUUUGUGUUUGAACAUUGUCUUGAAAUUUCACUCUGUCUCAGGAUGCAAGAAUCAAUCAGCAGAUUAGCGAGGUUGCUAAAGCCUGGUGGAGUGAUGCUGCUCAGAGACUAUGGACGCUACGAUAUGGCGCAGCUUCGCUUCAAAAAGGGUCUGUGAAGCCUCAGUUCAAAUAGCAGUUUAGAAAGUCUCAGCUGAGAAAGACUGUGUAUCACUGUACUGAUAACAAUGUUUGAGAAAAAAAAAUGUUUCUGACCAAAGUGUAACAGACUAAGUGCCAUUUACUAGACUCUGCAGAAUAAACAAUGUUUUACAUUGGUGAUUAAAAGCUUAACAUCUGUGAUUUGAGUUAUAAUCAUAAAUGCGGUGCUCUCUUUACUUUAGGAAGAUGUCUGUCAGAAAACUUUUAUGUUCGAGGGGAUGGAACAAGAGUUUAUUUCUUUACUCAAGGUGAAAACUUACACCCUCACUCUCUUACUCACACAUUCUCAUACAUUUGUUUUCAUGGUUUGUCUGGUUUUAUUGCAACAUUUUUAACUGAAAAUGUGUCUUUCCUGCUUUUAUUUCAGAUGAACUCCAUGAGAUGUUUACCAAGGCAGGACUUGAGAAAGUGCAAAACCUGGUGGACAGACGGCUGCAGGUGAACAGAGGCAAACAGCUCACCAUGUAUAGAGUGUGGAUCCAGUGCAAGUACCGUAAGGCCCCGAUUAUACCACCUGAAACGCAGGGCGGCGGAGAAUCUUCACCUGUUAUAACCCUUAAUCAUGACUGAACUUGGGGCUCAAAUCAAGAAAGCUCUUGCCUUUUUCUGAGGAUGUGGGGGCAUGAGAAGCUCCACUGUGCCUGAGGUAAAAGGAAUGGUGAUGUGCCAUAAAGACCUCUAACUGUUUAACUUAUCAUAAUGCUGAGGGACUUGAAUUAUGGCUGGUGUAUUUGACGGUGCCUCCGUUCUGCAAGAAAUAGCAUAAUUGAUUUUUCACCAGUAGGUUCAGUUAUCAGAAGGGGCUGGUAAUCCCUUCACAAAUGUUGCUAUGAUAUGGACACUGGUGCUGUUUUUAAUGAGCUGAUCUUUUGAAAUAAAUUGCAUGAUUUGUACAAUUUCA